AUGGAGACUGUUGUUAAAAUAGUUAGCUUCAUAGUUUCUCGCUCUUCACUGACUCACAGACAAUUGAAGUCCUUUCUGCAAGAAUUAGACAGCGAAUAUGCAGACCUCCCACUACACAGUAAUGUCUGUUGGGUUAAUCGGGGUAAUGUUUUGAACAAAUUUGUAUCAUGCUUAGAAGAAAUCAAAAUAUUUUUUGAAGAGAAACAUUUCCCAGAAUUGAACAAUGAAGACUGGUUAUUUAAAUUGAUGUUUCUAAGCAAAUUGAUGUUUAUAAGCAAACACUUGAAUGAUUUAAAUUUGCAUUUACAAGGAAGGGAUCAAACAGUACUUGAUCUUUUUGAACACUUGAAAGGAUUUUUGUUUAUAUUAGAUAUCUUUUGGCGUGAUAUACAUAGCAACACUUAUAAAUACUUUCCAAAUGUAAAAGCUUAUUCAAAUCGAUUUAAUGUUAAUAAAAAUGAACUUCAAAAAUAUAUUGCAACGUUGAAAGAAGAAUUUUCCAAGCGAGGUAAAAAUUUCGAAAUUUACGCUCCUAUACAUUUCUUUCUCAUCAAACCCAACUUGACUGAUUUGAAAACGAACCCAUUUCUAUCACUUUUUGAGUGGAUGCACGUCGAUAGUCUUGAAAUGGAAAUGAUUGAAUUAACAACUUCAGAAUUAUGGUAA